CAAAACCUACGUACAUACUUAGUUGCGCAGCCUUCCAUAUCCUCACCUAUUCAAACGAGCCAAAUCAUGAAUCUCCAAAACCCACUGUCAAUCCUGCCCUCAGAGAUCAACCGUGACAUAUUCUUAAGAUUGGAAGGAAAGCAACUGAUCAUAGCCCAGUUUGUGAGCAAAGAGUGGUGUUCCUUCAUAGACAACAUCAAGCUCUCCUAUACCGGGCAACCCCAGUUUCUCAUCCUCUCACCUGGAAUGAAAUACGAUGAAGAACAAAUUAGCAGGGAAGUGAGAUCAAUUAGCCUUGAUCUUUGCAGAGAAAGACUAUCCCAGUUCACAGGCCAUUUAUCUUUUGGCAAACCCGCCGAAGAAGAUUGUAUGCAUCGUUUUGGUAAUGCUUUUAAGUUGAGGAUUUUGUGCUCUGGCUGUGGAUUUGUUCUUCUACACAUUGGAGAACAUAUAAUUUUGUGGAACCCCCAUACAAGCUGGUCUACCAAAGUUCUUGAGCUUCAAGGACUCCAAGAUGAGGACUAUACGGUGGUCGGAGGGCUUUGUUACGAUCCAUCCAUCUCAGAUCACAAGGUUGUCAUAUUACUUAGCCAUAGCACCCCAGACUACGGUGGUCAGUGUGUUUAUUUUUCAAGCCUGAAAAAUAAAGGGUGGCAACAAGUGCCCUUCCCGUAUAACUAUAUGACUUCACGAGGUGGGGUAAACUUUAAUAAUACACUUCAUUGGAUAGUAAGUGACGUCGAAAAACCCGAUUGGGAUCCGGAUUACUAUGAUUCGUAUUAUUAUGAAUAUUAUAUGAAAUGGGACAAUCUCGCUGGGUGCAAUAAAAUUGUUUAUUUUGAUCCCAUUGAUGACGCAUUCAAAACAUUGCCCUCCCCUACACGGAUCAAUCCGGAUGAAGAAGACUCCAUAGUUGGCACGGGAAUUAUAGAUGGAUGCUUCUGCAUGGCAAGGAAGGAUGAAAAUAGGCAAGUGAUCCGAGUAUCACUUAUGAAAGAAUAUGGAAUACUAGAGUCUUGGGUCACAUCCUUUGCCAUCUCAAUGAUGAGGUUUGAACCAUUUCACAUUUACAACCUCAAAUUUAUGUCCCAAAAUGGGAAAGUAUUUAUGAUGUGUGAUUUUUCCUUGAGAACAUAUGUGUAUGAUGUCGAAGAAGACAAACUAGAAGAGGCAUUCCUUUUAGGAGAUAAUCGUGGAUCUAUUUAUUAUUAUGGCUGCCUUAGUUGCUUCUAUGUUGAAAGUUUUGAUUUGCCACGUGAAGUGAGUUGGCCAGAGGGACGGUAAUGAGAAAACAAUGCAGGCUUUGGAAUAAUUGUACUUCUUCUGAUGAUUAAAUAUACGGAGUAUGUUUGUUGCUGGUAGAUAUAUCAAUGUUCAAUAUCUGAUGUUAAGUAGAACCCCCAAAAUCAAUUACCUACCCUGUAAUUUAACGUGCCUGUUUUCUUGAAUGGGUUUUAAUCAAUUAGCUGCCAUGUAAUUCGUUCUGCAGCUGUCAAAAGUGUUUUAUCUCAUAAUCCCUCUAAGAGAACUGGAAUAUAAUGUGACGUUUAAUUCAACG